AUGGCCCCUCGAGCGACUCGCAGCGAUGCUGUGACAGUCGUCGCCGAGACGCCCGCCCCUUCCGCUGGCGAAGAAGCGGAAGACGAGGGUCGCGACGAACGAGCCGGCAAACAAGCCUCUCCUGGGACGGACAAGCGCGCGAGGGAGGAGGAACGGGACGACAGCGGCAAGAAGAGACGGAAGAGUCAGACGCGCAGCCCCGAACGGCCUGUCACACCUCCUCCCGCGACGUCCUCCGCCCAUGCCGCCCCUGCGUCCGUCUCGAAACUCACGGUCACGACCAUGACUCCUACCUCUCGCGCCAAUCCAAAGUCAGCCACGACGCCUCGCCGAGUCGGUCCAGGCGGGAUGCCCUUCCUCCCCGCCUACUCGCCCGUCGACACGAACUGCGCUUUCUGCGGCGGCGAUUCCUCCCUGAACCGCCACGGCCGGAAAGAGGAGAUGGUCAGCUGUUACGAGUGCGGUAGCUCCGGUCACCCGACGUGUCUCGAGUGGGACGACUGGGGGAUGGUCAAGCGCGUCAAGGCGUAUGCGUGGUUGUGUCAGGAGUGCAAGCGGUGCGAGGUAUGCGACGAGAAGGGCGAUGAUGAUGACAUUCUCUUCUGCGACUCGUGCGACCGCGGUUGGCACCGACUCUGCCUCGACCCGCCUCUCCACUCCGUCCCUCGCGGCAAAUGGACUUGCCCAACCUGCGUCAAGCAGUCCGAGUUUUCGCGCGAUGCGAUCCUCCCGUCAACAACCGGCAAGCGCGAGCGUCGCCAAGCUCGUCCGAUUGGUCUGGUCAGUGCUGGGAGCAGCAGCAGUCUGCAUGGAGAUGAGACGGGGCGGAAGAGCGACCGGCCGAAGCGGGACAGGAAGGGCAAGGGACGCGCGACAUACGACUUUGGCGACGGGAACGGGACAGACGGGUUUGGGAACGAUGAUCGCUCGACGGACGAGGAUGAUGACGGGGCGGUUGCGGCAUCGUUGCUGCUUCCGCCGGGAGCAUCCCUGGAUGCUGCUACUCUCGCGAACGCGGUCUCGGCUGUCGACCCGACGACUUCGUUGUCCGCCCAUCCGCGCGUCAAGGUUCCGAAGAUCACCUUCAAGCUGGGCGCCGAUGGCUCCCCCGCACCAGCAGCAACAGGCGGCGCUGGCGCGAUCCAAGCAGGCUCCAUCCUCCCCUCCGCCGCAGCCGCUUCCGCCGCUCGCCCCGCUCAACGACCGCCGAUGAAGAAGCCUCGUCUCUCGCACUCGCACUCCGCCUCCCCCGCACCACGCGAGACGUUCCGACCCUGGCUCGCACCUCGACCUCCGCCAUCGUCGUCUUCGGCGGACGAGGCAGAGCUCGAAGAAGCGGAGGAAGGGGACGACUACGACCCGUAUGGCGGGAUGUUGACUACGAAGGAGGCGGAUGGGACGGGUCGGAAGCCGACUGACAAGGACAGGGAGAGGUGGAGAUGGGCCAAGACGGAGUGGGAGCGGCGAGAAUGGGAGAAGGUGUUCGCGUCGAGCGGACCUGCAACGCCUGCAGGUGCAACACCGCCUGCCGCGCACGACGAGCACGGCACGGCUGCGGGCUCGACCGACGGCCGCGAACUGCGACAUGUUCGACCUCCGAACGCCACGCCCGCCAUUGCCGUCCCAACCUUUCCCGGCCAAGCCCUCCCUUCCUCCUCGACCGUGUCUUCCGCUCACACGCUUCCUAUUCGCCCGAUCACGCACCUCCGCAUCGGCGAGUUCGAGCUCGAAACGUGGUAUCAAGCGCCGUUUCCGGAGGAAUACACGAGGGUCCCGGAGGGCAGGUUGUGGGUGUGCGAAUGGUGCUUGAAGUACAUGAAGAACGGGUUCGAGGCCGAGAGGCACAAGCUCAAGUGCAAGAUGCGACAUCCGCCUGGCGACGAGAUCUACCGCGACGGCAAGGUGUCGGUCUUCGAAGUCGACGGCCGGAAAGCCAAGAUCUACUGCCAGAACCUCUGCCUUCUCGCCAAGCAGUUUCUCGACCACAAGACGCUCUACUACGACGUCGAGCCGUUCCUCUUCUACGUGAUGACGGAAGCGUCGCCGCUCGGCGCCAAGUUUGUCGGCUACUUCAGCAAGGAGAAGCGCAGCCCCACCAACAACGUCAGCUGCAUCAUGACUCUGCCCGUCCGGCAGCGGCGAGGUUGGGGAAACCUCCUCAUCGACUUUAGCUACCUCCUAUCGAAGAAGGAGGCUCGCCUCGGUACUCCCGAACGACCGCUCUCCGAUCUCGGCUUACUCUCGUAUCGCAACUACUGGACACUCACGCUCUUCCAGUACUUCGCCUCGCUUCCGGCUGACUCGGACAAGGAGAUCCGCUUCGAAGACAUAAGCAAGGCGACCUCGAUGACGCGCGACGACAUCUACUUCAUACUGCACGAGCGAGGCUACAUCACCGACCUCUCCCAGCAGCCUGUUCCCGUUCCUGCCAACCUCGCCGCCAUUCCUCCGACCGCGCCGCCUGUCGCACAGGGCGGACUAUUCGCACCUGCCAUCGGUCCUCCUCCAGCGCCGGCGACACCUUCGGGUCCUGCCGUCCCAGCUGCGAGUUCGGCGCAGACGAACAGCCUCGCCGCGCCGACCGUGCCAGCCGGAGGUGCAUCCGCUGUCCAGCCCUCGUCGCAAAGUCAGCCCAUUACGUCCCACAGACCGCCUGCAGUAGCACCGGCCGCCGCUUCCAUCGUAGCACCUCCGCCUUCCGCGACCGCCCCACUGGCAACUCCCGCAGCACAUCCUGUUCCCGCUCAGAGGGCGCCGCCUGUCCCUCAACCCGGCGGCGACUUGACAGUCAACGCGCAACCGUCGACAUCGAUGACGACUGGAGCUGGGACGCCUCGUCCUCUAGCUCUCGGCUCUGCACCGGGUUCAGCUCGCACCUCGCCAGGCCCGCAAACGCCAGGCGGCGUCGGUCCUCGCGGCGGCAUGAAGACCAACAUCUUCCGCGGCAACCAGUACACCAAGGCGCGCGAGCAGAAGUUGCUUGAGGAGGCUCUCGCAGCGGGUCUUCCGCCUCCCGAAGGACUCAUCCAUCGCUUCGGCGAGGAGGAGAAGAAGCGGGAGCGGAAGACGCCGAGACCGUCUGGUUCAGCGUCUGGCACCGGGACGCCUCGCCAUCCGUUCUACGGCAACCAGUGGAGCGCGAAGAAGCAGCGGGCGUCAGGCUCGUCUGGCCAGCAAGGCGGCGCCGGCCAUCACCAAUCACCGAAGAAGCUCGUCGUGCCGACCUCGUACAAGAUCCACCCAAAUCGCGAGGAGGUCGACGCGUACCUCGCCCGGCACUUCGAGUCGAAGAAGGAGUGGAUUCGGCUUUCUCCGGAUGCGCUCAAGUGGACGCCCUUCCUGGUCACUCGCGGCUUCGGACUCGGCGUGGACGUCGGCAGUACUGCGGUCGACGGCAUGCAGCAGCAGCGACAGAUGGCGGGUCUCGGCGCAAAGGGCGACGCGCAGACGACGGGCUCGACGACCGGCACGGGCACCGAAGAUCACUCGGCGCAUGCGUCGGUAAACGGCGGCAAGGAUGUCGAGAUGCAGGAUGUUGGCGGGAAGGAGGAUGCCGAGGCGGCGGAUGUCGAGCGCUCACCUUCGCUUCACGGAGGCGACGACGGCCACAGCGAGAUGGACGAGGACGAAGACCCAUUCGCCAACCUGUCUUCCUCAUCGACCGACGACUUCGACGAUGACGACGGCGAAGGCUCCGACCCUCGCCGUAACAGCCGACGCUUCUCCUCUCGCAAUGGCGCAACCUCGACCCGCUCCCUCCGCACGACUCGCCAGCGCUCCACUUCCGCCACUCCUUCUCGUCGAUUGCCUGGUCGACAAGCGUCGCGCCUUGCGUCUCGCGCGCUAGCGUCGCAGGUCUCGCUGCUCGAUGGAGAAGCGGAGGAGUCGGAAUCGCGUGGCCAGAAGCGGAGGCUCACGCGGAGCUCGCCCGUCAAGAUCCCGCCAACCGGACUCGCGGACGGGACGGACGGCGAGGAAGGAAUGGCGGGCGAUACGGCCGAGGAAGAGACGAGCUAG